AUGUCAGGUCCUCCAUCUGAUCAAGGCAAUAGCAGUAGUUCAGCAGCCAACAUAGGUGGCUGGUUACAUUUUCUCCUUCAUGAUCAUGAUCAUGAUCAUUAUAUAGGCCCUAAUGUUGCUGGUAGACUUGAUGAGAAGCAGAAAAUACAAAGCGUAGCUCCGAAUAGUUCGGAAGAUGCCAAGCACUACGAGCCCCUUGUGGUUUCCAUUGGUCCAAUGCACCAUGGGAAAGACCAUCUUCAAGCCAUGGAGAAGUUCAAACGGUCACUAGCGCAGAAGUAUGCAGAACGAAUACGAGAAGCGGAUACGGCAGCUUUUGAAACAGUGUUGCUCAAAGCUCGGAAUUGUUACUCUCACUCUGUUCAUUCUGUUUAUAAUGACCCUGACUGGUUUGUAAUAAUGUUUAUCGAUGCCUGCUUUAUUCUUGAAUUCUUAUCCUCCGAGCUUGGAGGGAGUAGGUGGGUGGAUAUGAAUAUGAAGAACCAUGAUAGAGAUUUGGUGCGUCGUGACCUUUUACUGUUGGAGAAUCAAUUACCUUUUGAGCUUCUCCAGAUAUUUUGUACAUCUUUUAUGCGUGGAAAUGAUUUCUCUUUGAUGGUUAUUAUCAUGUCGUUCCUCUUUAAUCGGAUGAUAACAACAGUAUCCGGUGUUUCUUCAACUGAUGAUACAUUAAUUGAUAUUGAUCAUUUUGAUGAUUACAUCGUGAACAAUAUGCCGCUGCCGCGCCAGGAAUCAGAACGAUUCCCCCAAGUCUCUCACAAGCAUCUUCUUCAACUUUUCAGAGACCUAUCGAUCGAAGCAAUUGGAGCUGGCCCUACAAAACUUGAAGAAGAAGAAGAAGAAGAUGAUCUUGUUUAUAAUUACCCAAAUUUAUCAGUGACAGAGUUGAAGAAAGCGGGCAUUCGCUGCAGGUGUGGAAAGGUUGGUGGUCGUCUUACUUAUUUUUCCCCAUCAGACAUUUAUUUUAAAUCAUAUGCGUUAUCAGGGAAGUUGGUCCUUCCUCAACUAACUAUCCACGAGUGGACCAAGGCCUUGUUGUUAAACUUAGUUGCUUACGAAUAUUCGUGCAGCACACAAGAUAAUCCUUCAGGGAUCUCAACUUACUUGAAUUUCAUGGGUAAGUUGAUUAAUCGAGAGGAAGAUGUUAAGGAGCUGCGAGGCAGGGGCAUCAUCAGCUACUCCAUUGGCGACGAUCAAGCAGUGGUUGACCUCUUCAGAGAUAUAACAGCACAUGUUGCUAUGAACAAUCCUCAAGCUUUUAAGCAUGUCAAACGACACAUCUCAGCAUACUUAGCAAGUAAAAGGCUCCCUCUAAGAGUUUUUCUAGCUGAAUUCAAGCAAAAAUAUUUUAGUGGUCCCUGGAAUAUUUUUGUGUUCCUUGCUGUUAUUUUCACGCUUGCAAUGACUAUAAUUCAGACCAUCUUCACAGCCAUUCAGACUUGUAAAUAG